CCUAUAUACAUACACUAUUCCAAGUUAUGAUUCGCUGUAAUGACUACUGACGCCGUUUGUUAUCGCUGUACUGUUCCCACAUAUUUUUGAAAGAUCUCACUGGCUGUGUCGUCUGCUCGCGUAUACAAUGACUAUACAUUCCAUCGAUAAGCUUACGCUGUACUUUCGAAGACUUUCGAGCCCCAGAUCUGAAUCUGCCCUGAGUCGAGCUCAAGUCUAAUCCAUAAUCUCAAAAGACACCAUGGCCACUCCGUCAGAUGCCAAACCAACCUACAUUUACAAGCUGAUACCUUCAUCAGCAGCCCCACCAGAUGCUCUCCCCGAUCAACUCCCCGUGAGCGACCUCGACCAGAAAUCCGGCUUCAUCCACCUCUCCACCGCACUCCAAGUCCCCAACACCCUCAAAUUCUUCUUCAAAGACGACGUCAGAGUUUACGUCCUCCGUAUCCCGUACGAUCCUGUCGAUAAGCACAUCAAGUGGGAGGACCCAAAGGCUGAGGUGUGUGGUCCACGCGGAGGGGAGGGCAUGUUUCCGCAUCUCUACAAUGAGUUUAAGCUGGGAAAGGACGAGGUGGAGAGCGUGCAGUCUUGGGAGAACGGGCCUGAUGGGUGGGACUCGGCCCUGCAGGCAGCGGAAGCAUGGCUCGCUUACUGACCAUGAUGAUAUGCAGUGUCCACGAAAUUAUGCAUGUACCGUAGACCUUCAACAGGCUGCAGG